UUGCCCCUGGCAGAGGAUUAAUUACUAGAAUUGAGUGUUUCAAGUGUCUGAAAAAUGGAGGUCAAGCGAGUGAAGAGAGAUGUUAAAACUUUGCUUGAUGAAUAUAUUGGACAGCGACUCAGAGAAACUGGUUUUGAUCCAAAGGGAAAAAGCACCUCUACAAUGUUAGAUGAUUUGGCCCAUUAUGACUUGGCUAUAAGUGUGGCUUUGUGGCGGCUCAAUAAAGAUAAUGAGAAGAAUGCAGCUGAGAAUGACUACAUAGGAAUUGGCAGUUUAAAACAUAUUAGCCAGUACCCUAAUCACCUGGAAAGAGAAGCAAUGAUCCUUUCUUCCUUUGCUGGAAUGCUUCUGAACAGCUUACCUAUAGAAGACAUUCUGUCACUGUACAAUUGCAAACCAGUGGCAUCUUACCCUCAUAAUCAUGCUAAGGGCAACAUUGUUCACCCAUUCUCCCUCUCUUAUCAUCCAUUUGCUAUGCUCAGUUCAUUCAAAGCAGUAGACCAUUCAAGAAAACACACCCAGGUACUGAAACGCUGGAUCAAGGAACACCGUAAACAGGAGGUCUCUCCAGUAAUAGAGAAACUGGAGUCCUCCUCCACCUCCUCUUCUAGCUCCUCAUUUAGUGAUAGCGAGGACUCCUUAAAAGAUGAAACCGCAAACUAUGAAGGCUCGCAAGAAUCUCUGCAGGACUGAAAACAGCAGCCGUAUAACAAGCAAAUAUUCAUUUUCGUUGUUUUUUUAAACACAUGUAACAUUAUUUCAGGUUUAUCCUUAUUGUUAAAACAUUAGUUCUUUCCUGAGACUUUGUUCACAACCACACUGUAAAAAAAUCAAAAUUUGAGAAAACUUUAAAGUUUAAGGCAACCAGCUUCAGCAGAUUUUUCAGAGUUUUCUCAACUUAUUUUUGUAGGAGAUUUGAGUUUUCUCAACUUUUUGUUGUAUAAAUUGAAAACAAAAAGUUUAUUUUAUAAAUACCAAUAAUACUUUUUACAGACUUUCUUAGUAUUGCUCCAAAGUAUUCAUACAUAGCGUUAUUUUAGAAAUAGAAGGUGUGAAUAAUAAGUAAUUUGCCCAUGCAUUUUCAUUUUACAUGUGAAAGAAGACUCCAUGUUAAGUUCACAAUAAUCAAUAAAAUUCUUGAACUAUUACUUUCUGAGCUCUGCAACAUGUGGUGUGUUACAGACAUUUUUGGAUGUUGAUGCAUUCCAUGUCAUAAGAAAUAAUUCCACACAUAAUGCGUCUCAUUAGUGUCUGGAUCAAAACAGAGGAGGGCAGCUGAGGUCAGUAAUUUGCCAGCUAGGAAUUUUGAUUUGAUGAAUCAGGGCUU